GCGUGGCCGGGGCGGGGCGUGGCCGCCGCCGUGUCCCGGCAUGGCGGAGCGGCCGCGCCGCCGCUGAGGCGCCGCCAUGGCCAAGAGCCGCGGGGGCGGCGGGCCCAGCUCGCCCGGCGGGCGCAGCCUGGCGGGCACCCGCGAGAGCCUCGCCGACCCUGGCGGCGAUGAGCUUAGUUCGCUCGGCUCCGACUCCGAGAUCAACGGCGGCGGCCCCGAGGAGCGGCGCGUCGAUAAGUUCGGCUUCAUCGUGGGCAGCCGCGGCGCCGAGGGGACGCUGGAGGAGGUGCCCUUGGAGGUGCUCCGGCAGCGAGAGUCCAAGUGGCUGGAUAUGCUCAACAACUGGGACAAGUGGAUGGCCAAGAAACACAAGAAGAUCCGGCUGCGGUGCCAGAAGGGGAUCCCGCCCUCGCUGCGGGGCCGUGCCUGGCAGUACCUCUCUGGGAGCAAGGUCAAGCUGGAGCAGAACAUGGGCAAGUUUGAUGAACUGGACCUCCUCACAGGAGAUCCAAAGUGGCUGGAUGUGAUUGAGCGGGAUCUCCAUCGGCAGUUCCCCUUCCAUGAGAUGUUCGUCUCACGUGGAGGCCAUGGGCAGCAGGACCUGUUCCGGGUGCUGAAGGCGUACACGCUGUACCGCCCGGAGGAGGGGUACUGCCAGGCCCAGGCGCCCAUCGCCGCCGUCCUGCUCAUGCACAUGCCGGCCGAGCAAGCGUUCUGGUGCCUGGUGCAGAUCUGUGAGAAGUACCUCCCUGGCUACUACAGCGAGAAACUGGAAGCCAUCCAGCUGGACGGGCAGAUCCUCUUCUCGCUGCUGCACAAGGUCUCGCCUGUGGCCUACAAGCACCUGAGCAAGCAGAAGAUCGACCCCAUCCUGUACAUGACGGAGUGGUUCAUGUGCGCCUUCUCCCGCACGCUGCCCUGGAGCUCCGUCCUGCGCGUCUGGGACAUGUUCUUCUGUGAAGGAGUGAAGAUCAUCUUCCGGGUGGGCCUGGUGCUGCUCAAACACACCCUGGGCUCCUCAGACAAGCUGAAAUCCUGCCAGGGCCAGUAUGAGACCAUGGAGAGGCUGAGGGCCCUCAGCCCCAAAAUCAUGCAAGAGGCCUUCCUGGUGCAGGAGGUCAUCGAGCUGCCGAUAACGGAGCGUCAGAUCGAGCGGGAGCACCUGAUCCAGCUGAAGAAGUGGCGGGAGACGCACGGGGAGCUGCAGUGCAAGUCGCCCCCGCGCCUGCACGGCGCCAAGGCCAUCAGCGAGGCGGAGCCUGCGCCGCGCAAGGCGCUGGAGCCCGUCCCCUCCAUCAUCGUCUCCCCCGGGCCCGCCCCCGUGCCCAAGGCCCGCAAGAGCAAGGAGAAGAGCCGGGAAAAGGCCCCGGCCAGUCCUGCCAACGGCCCUGAGGCCGAGGGCAACGGGGCACCCGGCACGACCCGGGAGCUGCUGCACCCCCAGGUCUCCCCCCACCACCAGUCCAAGGAGAGCCUGAGCUCCCGGGAGAGCGAGGACACGUACUUGUAGGGCCCGGCCCACACCCCGGGCAGCCGGGCUCAGCGGGGCUGCGCACGGACCCGGGCGCGAGGACACCCAGGGGCACCCCUGGCACCCGGCGCUGGGGGCUCUGAGCGGGAGGGAUGGGACAGCGGGGCUGUGCGGCUCCAUGAGAACGGCGUGGCCCUCUCUGGGCAUCCGUGGGGCUUGGCCAGGUGUGGUGACCAAAGGGGACGCCGUGGGUCUGUGCUGGGUGCCCGCCCCGCAGGGUGCUGGCACCAUGAGCGGUGGGAGCCCGGGCAGGGGGUGGCUGAGCCACCCGAGCUCCCUCCCCACUCUGGGGGUUGGGCUGCCCCUCGGGCCCUUCUCCCCGUCCCAGAGCCCCUCGACCCAUCACCCCCGGGUCCUCCUGUAGCCCCCACCCUGCGCCAGCCGGGCAGCCCCAGCCCCGGUUCCCCAGCACUUAGGGCUGGCGCAGGGCCCUGGGGGUACACGAGGAGUGGGGGGACCCCUUGCCCCCCUCUCAUCUAGUGAGGAUAUAUCAAACUGUAGCCCUAUAUGUAGUACCCAACUUACCUACUCACUGAGCCUAUUUAUUAUUCCUCUGAGGCAGGACAGGGACCGAGGCAGGAUGCGCUAGAGGCAGCGGGAUUUGAUGCCGAGUUUCGGGGCUAAAGCCCCCCCAUCCCAUCCUCUCCCAUCUCCAAGCUCCCCACAGCUCAGGGGGAGUGUUUAUCCUGCCAGGGCUCACCCCACCACUGCCAGCCCCCCAGACUCCAGUGCAGGUGAGACGGGGUGGGUGAGCAGCAGCCAGGUGCUCCCUGGUUGUGGGGUCCCCUCUGCCCCCCCUGCCCUCCCCGAGGGCAGGUGGGUUUGUAAAAUAAAGCGGGAAAAGCAGUUUUGUACAAAGGGGUCAAUAAAGCGAGUGUGUAAAGGCGCA